GGCUAGCCGCGCGCGCGCGCGCCCAGCUCCCGGGGCCCAAGGUCACCCAGGAGCCGCCUUGGGACCCCGAGGGGAGGUGGCGCCCUCGGAGGCUGAGCAGCAGACACUGAGCCCAGCCAGAGAGCGGUCGGUCCCUCGGCUGCCCCACCCACCCAUCUCCCGCCCUAGGCGGGGGAGUCGAUGGGGGUGGCACCUACUGGGAGGAGACCGGCUCCGGGAACCCUGCGCCUUCCCCAAGAGCAUCCCCUGGCGCCAGGACACCUGCCGGCGAGAGGGCACUGCCCCCUGGGCUCCUCCGGCCCUAGUGGAAUUAACGCGGGCCAGCCACCCUUCCUCCUCAGCUGCCCAGCCGAGCGCUCCUUCCUUUUCCCUUCGCUCUCCGCUGGAGGAAGCCAGAGCAGGGCAGCGCCCCCGGCUUCAGCUGGGAGGGGGCGGCGGUGAUGGCAGACAGCGGCGGCUCCAGCAGCCCUGGCCCGGGCAGCGGCAGCUCGGGCCCCUGGUGGAAAUCGUUAACCUCCGGUAGCAAGAAGAAGGGCAAGGACAGCGGCGGGGCUCCGGGAAGUGAGAGACCGCAGCCUCCAGCCUCAGCGGCGCCACAGCCCGGGCCCAGGGAGUCCUCUCCUCCCGGCCGGGACCCCAGCGAGCUUCCCAGGCUCGAGGGCCCGGCGGGGGAGAAAGCGAGCGGCAGCCGCCGCAACCUGAAGAUCUCCCGGUCUGGCAGGUUCAAGGAAAAGAGGAAGGUGCGAGCCACCCUGCUCCCCAAGCCCCCGGACGAGCCGGACUGCCAGUGCGCCCCUCACGACUCCAAGCGGUAGCCCCAGCGAUGUGCGGCUCGGCCCCUGGGGCUGUGGCAGGUGCCGGGCAGCUCCCAGGAUUUUGCCUUUGAGGAGAAACCAGAGGCUGCCGGUGGGAUUCAAGCUGAUAGCUUUCCUGAUUCCCCGCGUCCCUCCUCCAGCCCCGAUUUCGAUUUGGAGAGUGAGAGGAGGGAAUUCUCCAACUCUGCUCAGCCAAAGCGGAGCUUCUCGUGUGGUUCGGGGCUCAUCCCUGAAAAGAAAGUGCCUGGACAGUGUCUCCCGUAUGGGAAAGGCACUUUAGACGGGUCGUAGCAGCCCACCGUGGGGCCAACAUGCUGAGGACCAUUUCUGCAGACAAGUGGAAAGCGCUCGAACCAGACCUGGGCUUUGCGUCUGUGUGACCUUGGGCAAGUCAAGACCCCGCUGGCUUUUCCUCUUCUGUGAAGUGAGAGGGGCAGGCAGACGAGCUCCAAGGGCCCUUCCUGCCCCCCAGUCUAUGGUCUUGGCAGCCUGGACUUCUUCCCAUCAUGCACUCCCAAGCUGGAAUAACUGGGGGGGGGGGGCGGGGGGCGCAUUAAAAGUGCCGGCCGUGGCCCAGUUUAA